AUUCUACAAUACCUCUUUCGCCAUCUGGCUUGGAUUCUCUGUCGACACGGCCCCACGCCGCACCACCACGACUGGUCUGCCGACGAAUACUCUAUCCGCUGUGCCUUCAACCGGCCUCCGUCGGAGGGCUACUAACUUUAAACGCCGUGUAGCCCGCAUGCUAGCGUAAUGGCGCCUUCCCUGUACCAUCUACUGCUGCCUUCUGGACACUAUUAUCACUUGGCUACAUAGCUGAUGCCUGCUGGACUGUCGAUUAAUCACGCGUUCCAAGAGAGCAAACAAAAAGGACUGUCAUUCAGUCCAGGAACAGACUGAGAUUCCCUCUACUGAUGGACAUUGCAUAGAGCGUGAAAUGGGAGGAUCCCCCGGAUGACCAAAAUAAGGUUGUGGAGAAUAUGAAGGAUGAAACAGAGACACAUGAGACCUGCAAAGACAGGACAAGAGGCAAGGCUAAACGUAAGUCCAGUGGCGGUGCCAAGAAGACUUCCGUGGAGGAGGACAGCAGCAUUGGUGCAGCCAAUGGAGAGUGAUUCAGCAGGGCAUGAAAAAUAAUCUCACAUUCGAGCAGCUCUCCAUGCUGUGUCUGAAGAUUGUUAAAGUCGUGACCCAGACAGCCCUCCGAAUUCUCCUACCAGCGCUAGCUCGUAUCAUGGGGGUGAACCUGAGGAGUGGGGCAACCUCCCCAGAAUCCCAGUGCUCUCUGACAGGGUCUGAGGAUUCCUUAGGCGGUCUGGAUGAGAGAGAGAAAAGGCUGCUGAUCAGUGAGAUGAACUACUGGACUAAGGAGAGGAGGAGGAAUGGCAAUGCAGGAUGCCGCCAAAAAUCCACUCGCAGAACCUCAUCACCAUGCUGUUCGCCUAAGAGGUCCCAGACCUCAUUGCAGAGCUUGCCUGCAACUAGAGAGGCUCCCCUCAUGGAGGAGCCUCUGAAGGCUCUUUUUGGGGUAACGGAAGAGAGCCUUCUGAUAUCCCUGGUUGAGGGUCACUCCAACCACACCUCCUCCAGCUCCUCCGAGUUGAGCUGUGCUAUCGUGGGGGAGGUGGUACACCAGCUUAACUCUGGCCUCUCAGUGGCCAUUGAGGCCAGCCCGGGGAGUUGCCCCCCUAUUGACAGUCAGGACAUAGCAGCAGGCAAGGAGGUCAUUCGGGUAGCCUCGGUGCAGAUCCUGGCCGAGCUACAGAGCCAAACGUCUGAGCCAGAGUGGUUAGGGUUUAUCGAGCCCUUCAUGGACCCUGUGACCGAUGAUGUGCUGGAUGCCAUUGUCGGCACAAUGGACAAAAUGGCACAGGACUUCAACAUCCUAUUGGAUCUGGCCAAGAAGAUGACAAUCUUGGGGUCUAAAUUUCUGACCAUCUUCAAUGUGACCUUGAUGUUGAGUGUCCAUCUGGGAAGGAAGGGACCACACACUUUCUCAAAGAGACUGGGUCCUCUACCAGUGUGGUGGCCAGAAAGAUUCAGACCCUCUCUAGCCCCGACUUUCAGUCUAAAGCCCUGAAGGCGGUGAGCACCAUCCUUACAAGGAAAGUCAGCAGCUCUUCUGGCAUGGCUCCUUCCUCUAGGCCUUCUAGUGCUGCUCCUAGCCUUACUGAAGCCCCCCUGAAUACCAGCUGCACAGCCCUGACAUCUGUAACCUCCACUGCCACAGUGAUUGUUAAGGCAUUUGUGGGAGGCAUGGAGACGAUAGCAUCAUUUGAAGGCACAUGUGAAGCAGUUGAUUGGCCAGUUCCUGUAAAUGACCACAAAACAGGAUCUUCACAGAUGAUAACCUUCUCUCUAACCCACACACUCUACGGCCGUAUACGAGCAAAGCUGAGGGACCUUUUAACUCUAUCCACUCGAGAAGAAGGUGUGGCUAAGGAUGCUUCUCUUAAGGAGUCUUCAGACACCCUGGAAAAGGCAACUGUUUCAACUGUUGAGGUCCAGUUACCCAGCACCGAACACAGUAGAGUUCCCAGAGAGAGCCAACCAAUACCAGCUCUCUGUCUCUCCAAUCUGGAUACCAGUACUCAAGAAGUUCUUAGCAGUGUUUUUUCCAUCUACAAGUCAGAGUUAUCAAAAGUGGAGAGUAAAUCCUUGGCCGUUGUCAGU